UGUGCCCGUCAAGGCGGAGGAGGAUCCGAGAACCGGAACCUUUGCGAAGCCAGGCGGGCGCGGAGCAUCCAGGAGCAGCCCCCAGCCCCCCCCCAGCCGGGUCAGAGCCAGGGUUGCUGCAGCGUCGGGGCUUCCCUGGCUCGCUCCCUCCCAGGGCUUCCCGGCCGGCCGCUGCGCAAGGAGCCCGGCCCCGCUCCCGGCUGCGGCGGGUGGCGAUGAGCGCGGCUCGGGACGGGCAGCGCUGGUCCGGCCACCCGGCCAGCCAGCCCCCCGCGCGGUGACAGCCUCCCCCCGGCAUCCGGGGCCGGCGCUCCCCGCGCUCGCUGCGCCCCAGGCUCCUUCCCCCGCUGCGCGGCGCCGUCCGAGGAGCAGGCCGGGGGCUGCCCUCGCAGGGCGGCGCGGGGGGCUCGCUCGGCCCCGGUCCCGGGAGACGCGAGGAUGGGCUGAGCACCGCGGGGGCCUCUCCCCGGACUUGGGGGACCCGCGGCCCGGCCCACACCCGUCCUGCUAGUAGAGGGAGCGGUGGCGCCGCCUGCCCGGCCCGGGGCUCGGCGCAGAGCAGCGAGGCGGGAAGAGACGGACUCCGCAGGGCCAGGCUUAGCUCCCGCCCGGCCCGAUCCCCCGCCCGCAGCGGUGAUUCCGGGCGCGCUGCAGCCGGGCAGCCCAUGGCAAAGAGCAGGUGGAUGCGAGCAUGACUCGGGUGAUUAAUAUUCCAGCAGCGUGCCAAGCUUUCCUCGCUCGCUGCACCAGAUCCUAGCAGCCUCCGAGCCAGCACCAGCAUCGCCGCUGCACCAAUGGUUCCCGGCCCUGCGGCUCUCUGCGCCUGGCACCUGGCCCUGCCUCGCUGAACGUUACCAUGUGGCUUUGGUACUUAGCGCCUGGUCAACGCCUGGGGCUGAGCUGCGGGAGAGUCUGGCUCCUGGUCCUCUUGCUGCUGGGUUGUGACCUUGCCCGGGAAGGGGGGUCGGUCCUGAACUGCCCCCCAAAAUGCGUGUGUGCUAGCAACAUCAUCAGCUGCUCCAAGCUGGGCCUCGGAAUCAUCCCCACUAAGCUGCCUCGCUUCACAGCCAUCCUGGACCUCAGCCACAACAACCUGACCCGCCUGCGGGCGGACUGGACCCCCGCCCGCCUCCCCCACCUCCACUCCCUGCUGCUCAACCACAACGCCCUGGGAUUCAUCUCCACCGAGGCCUUCUGCCACGUCCCGCACCUGCGGUACCUGGACCUCUCCUCCAACAGCAUCAAGGCGCUGGAGGAGUUCCUCUUCAGCCAGCUGCAGGAGCUGGAGGUGCUGCUGCUCUACAACAACCAGAUUGCCCAGAUGGACCGCAGCGCUUUCGAUGACAUGGCCAGGCUGCAGAAACUCUACCUGAGCCAGAACCAAAUCUCCCGCUUCCCCAUGGAGCUGGUGAAGGACCGGGCCAAGCUGCCCGACCUAGCCCUGCUGGACCUUUCUGCCAACAAAAUCAAGGGCCUGCCAGUCGCGGCCCUGAAAGGCCUCCCUGCCUGGAUGAAAAACGGCCUCUACCUCCACAGCAACCCGCUGAGCUGUGACUGCGGGCUGUACGAGCUCUUCACGCACUGGCACGCACGCCAGCUCAGCUCGGUGGUGGACUUCCGGGAGGAGCUGGUGUGCAGCCUGCCCCUGGCCAAGCGCAGUGUCAGCAUCUUCACCCUCAACAGCCAGGACUCCCUCAACUGCAGCGAGUUCAAGGAGCAGAUGCUGGAGGCCUACCUGGGGGACACGGUGACCAUCGACUGCGACACCAAGGUCCGGGGGGCGACCACCAGGGAGUGGGUGACCCCAAACAACAGGCGCUUCCCGGAGGAGACCACCAACAGCACCAUGACAGUGCUGGGCAAUGGCAGCCUGCAGAUCCGCCUCAUCCGGGUGGAGGACAUGGGCACGUACACCUGCUAUGCAGUCAGCCAGGCCUUCAAUGAGACCCUCUACGUGGACGUGAUGGUCCACAACUUCACCCAGCACGGAACUCACGACACGCUGAACACUGCCUACACCACACUGGUGGGCUGCAUCCUCAGCGUCAUUCUGGUGCUCAUCUACCUGUACCUGACACCGUGCCGCUGCUGCUGCCGUGGCAACGAGAAGCUGGCCGCCCAACCAGAGGACAGCAUCAACUCCUCCAUGCUCAGCACCACGCCCAACCACAACCCCGAGGUGGCCGUUCGCAAGGGAAGCCUCAGCCACCUCGCGGCUUCCGGCCCCAUGCAAGGCCAGAACGGUAAGGUCAAACCCAACAGCACGCCAGAGCAGGCGGCCAGAAGGGCCCAGAAGGCCCCCAGGAAAAUGUCAGACCCGGACUCUGUCAGCUCUGUCUUCUCGGACACGCCCAUCGUAGUGUAGGUGUACGGAAGACACGGAGAGGUGGGAAUGUUGGAGAGCGAGUGGACAAGGACAGGUAGUGACCCUCCCCUAGAGUGCAGCUGGCCAGCGGGGCAGGGGCUGGGCCCAGCAGUGGGGUGAUGGGUCUCCAUGCACAUGGCACAACGCUGCUGCCAGGCGGUGCCUCCCGCUGUGCAGCACUGAUCCUGCCAGCACCCCAAUGAACAUUGUCCUCCCAUCAGCAGAGCCCAAGCGGCAAGCAGAGCCCGGCAGUCCACUCCCUGCAGCCGCCCCCAGCCCUUGACGAGGAACUCCAGCCAGAGCUUUGCAGAGUCCCACCAAGAAAUGAAACAUGCAGCAGGGAUAUGGCGCCAGUGCCCCGCAGAGCUGAGAAGGUGGGGCAGGGGAUUGCUGCUGAAAGAGCCCAUGCUGCAAUGCUGGGGCAAUCCUUCCUUACUGUUCAAGGGACAUCCCAGGUCUGUUUCUGACUACCUUGGCACGAAACCAUGCUCAUCUCUGAGGUGUCCCAGCACCACAACCUUGGCCUGUAUCCGCCAUUUGAAGGUCACCUUCUGCUUUAUAGCUUGGCCACUGAAAGCCUUGACAUCUGUUGGGGACCAGCGUGUGGGAGCAGGGGGUCUCUCUUCUGCUACCAAACAGCCUCUUGCUAGAUACCCCCUUUUAGAACUAAGGCAACCCAAAGAUUUUCAGCUCCAUCAGGAUGAAAGCAGGAAUUGAUCCCCCCAGGGCCUGUAAGAUGGCAUGCCAGCUGCCCCUCCUGCAGCGGGAACUCAGGACACAGUGGGGCAUGAUCAACACCAGCUGGUCCCCCAGUGAGCUCUCUGGCUGACAGCCUAAUGAUCAGAUUCCCAUUCCUAAUUACAAUGAUACAUCAAGGCACAAGCUGGGUUUCCGGGACAGCUAUUCGCAUUGCAGAACAUCAGCAACCCCUUGGCGGGCUGUGCCGUGGCUGCCAGGGAGGCACUGCGCCUCUACCCGUUCUGUACGACGCUCGUGUGGGCUGUCCCAGCGAGCCAAGGGGCUGCGUGCUCCAGGGAUGUUAGGAAGGGGAGCUGGUAAUGGAGUCUGCUGAAGGCAGCAGGCAGAGCACAGGAGCCCUGCAGGGAAGUGGGGUUGGGAACUGUGAUCAGACGUAGCAGCACUUCCGAGCAGACAUGGGGGGUGGGGCCCCCAAAAUAUGCUCCUGCUCCUUCUACAUCCCCCCCCCUUAAGCCUCCCCCACCCCCAUGAUCCAGGUGGCUUUUCUCUCUGCCCAGCUACAAAUUGAUUCCAUCCUAUAUUUCCUUUUCCCUUUUCCUGUCACCUGGGAGAGUCUGGGCCCUUCCCAGGGAGCGGGAAGGGGAUAGGCACAGAGAAGGAGUGGGGGCAGAAGAGCAGACUGUCCCCUUGCAGUGGUCCCUUUGCCUGCCCCCAUAUGAGGGGGACAGAGAUGUGGUCUUGACAUGGACAUCCCAGCUCUGAGCCUGCUAGCAACAAACUCACCCAGCACAGGCCAGCUGGAGGUAGGGUUUGGUCUGUGCACCAGGUGCAGCUAGAGGACUCUGCGUUAAGCAGGCGCUAUCCGUAGAGGAGAUAGCAUUCCCCCUUUCCCUCAGACGAGGGGGGGUCCCAGAGGGAGGGUGCUGCUGGACAUGAAGGUAGGGGGAGCUAAUCAGAUGCCCAUGGCUGUCUGGAUGUUACCUUGUGGGGAUCCCACCCAGCCUACAGCUGGUUCUCAAGCCGUCCGUUCUACUAGUGGCUCUCUUAGCUUCAGGGAGCAGGGGGUGAACAAAGGUGGGCAAGAGCAGCCCAGAGAGAUUGGGGUAGAGGGAAGCCCGCACUGAUCUCUCUGGCCAUGAAUAGCAUCAUCAGCAAAGAGUGGCGAGCUCCAUGGUACAUUGCUGUGGACUCUCCCUGGAGCCCUAGAUAUCUUCUUCACUGCCCCAGCUGGCAUCGCCCUGGGGGUUGUCCGAGCCUGCGAGGGGCCCAAGGUGAUGGCUGGCACAAGCAGAAGGAGCACGAGGCACCAUCUCCUCCAUCACACUCAUCAGCCCGAGAACGGGGCUCAGCUCUGGGACUCAUCUAAAUGCUUUUCCUGGCAUGUUAUUGUGAAGCAUGAGUCCUCCAAGAGAAGCAUGCGAUCCAGGUGAGACCAGCCUGCAAGCCACACAGCGGGGAGCUCGGGGGGAGGGGGCAGAGCAAGGGGAGGGUAUGUGUGAAAGGGAUUGUGCCGGGAGGGGAGCGGGGAGGAGGAAGGGGCGAUUUGGCCCUGAUGGGCUGGUUGUGUGCGACUGAGAUUCAAUCCUGGCACCUGUGGAACCACAAGGCUGCUUAGCUGCCCCUCCCCCCCCACCCGUGCAGUCACUUCCCCUCCGCAUCCCCCCAAAAAGCCCUGCUAUCUUGCAGCCUCAUUGUGAGCUCCCCGAAUACCACAGCCACCUGGGUGCUAGGCAGGGAGCGCCCCGGGCAGGCUGAGGCAGCUGCAGGAACGGGGGGAGGGAACAGGGAGACCUGACUCAGGGGAGGUCAGUGCCCUCCACACACUGGUUCCCAUGUCUGCCUGGCCCUCCCUGGAGUGACACGCGUACGCUGUCGCACACAGCUUUUCCCCUCUCCCCCCUCCCCCCGUACAAUCGCAUCUGUGCAAGGGCAUCCAGCCCAGUUCAUGUGCUCAGCGGGCGGACCUGUGGGCUGGUGUGUGGCUUGGCACACAGGGCUGAGCAGCUGUGCUGUGUGCAUGGGGCUAUUGUGAGCGUGGAGCUCGAAGGGGGCCGAGUGACUCUGCCGGCUUGUGUCUGGGAGAGGUCAGAGAUGGGGAGUGAGACUGAGCACAUGGGUACCUUGCUAGGGGUGUGUGCAUGCCUCCGUGUGGAUGAGUGCACAAGUGUGCAUGGGGGUGUUGCAUACCUGUGUGUGUAUGGAUGCAUGUGUGUGCUUGAGAGCACACACAAGUAUGCAUGGGGGUGUACGUGUGUGUGCACAUUCUCACUCACACUCACACACACACACACACACACCCCACUCAAAGACCUAGCCUCCAAACACUGCUGCUCCCCUCCCAGCUUGCCUGCCAGAAGCUGUGGGCGCCUCUGCAUGUGACAGGAAGCAAAGGGGAUGAGAUCCCCUAAGGCCCGGGGAGCACAGCCCACUGCCCAGACCUAUGGCCGGAGCUGCCAGGAAGAGCUAUGCCUAGCUCUCCAGCAGCCCCUUCAGGAGUCAGGCUGCCCAAGAGAGCAGUUCAGGGCUGCAGGGCGAGUGAGGCUGCUGGCUGGGCUCGUGUCUUGCACUGCCCCCUGACUUGCUGAGAGCCCUAUCCAUGGGCCAGGACACAACUCAGCCCCAUGGAGAGACCCCCAUGUAGGGGCUGUGCCACUGCCCAGUUGGGAGACGCCAGGGACAGCAGGGUUAGAGAACUGAAAAGCUCCCUGUGGUGCUGCUCCCGGGAACAGAAAGGCAGGGGCAGAAGCAGAGAGCGGGAGCCCUGGGUUCCGUGCGCCAGCUUGUGUGCUGGGCUGUCCCACAGGCUGUGUGCUGUGGCCUUGCGAGGGGAUGUGGGAGGGUGUUGCCUUACUAGAAUGUGCAUUAGGGAGCCAUUGGUGAGCCCCAGCAGGGCCCGAUAGGCAAACCCUAGAUGCUUGAUGGUGCAGCCUGCUCUGAGCUCCUCACCAUGGCUGUGUGCCUUGACAGGGCCAUGCAGAAGGAUGCAGAAGGGAAGAAAGGACUGCUCUGGGCAGUCAGAUCUCCAGUGCCCUGUAUCCUAUUCCCCUCCCCCUGAGCUGGCCAGUCCACCAGAUCAGAGCCAGUGCCCCAGAGAGGGAAAAGGCCCAAGAGCCUAUUCCCCACCCCCAAGCCAGCCAGUGUCUGUUGCAUCUGACCAGAAGAUUGUGUCCCCAUAGCCUGAGCUCCAACCUCAGUAGCCCCUUGGUGGGCAGCUAGAGCCUUGCCUGCUUUCAUGGCACCGGAUGACACUGUGCAUCAUCAAUCGUUCCUAAGGCCUUUCCUCCCUUUAGUCCUGCGCAGGCAGAAGGGGAAGCCCCCCACUCUCUUUCCCAUUGUAAAUAAACAAGUGGCUGGAAGAUUCACCCACUGGCCGCACAACUACCUGCACAGGAAGAGGGGCCUGGGGAACAGGUCUGGGCAACCCCCCGGCCUGUGUCUGCCACACAGGGAAGGCUGACAGGAUCCUACUGGAAACAGGCAAAUGCAGCCCACCAAGAGCAUGGGAGAGCUCUCCUCCCCCCAUCCCUGCCACAUUCCAGGAGAUAUAGCCCCCAAAAAGACAGGACUGAGAUCACGGCAUGCAAGACUGGCCACCCUUGCGCUUGCUAAUCAAUGGGCAGAUUCUAGAAGGUGCUGAGCACCUUCAACUCCAUCGCCCAACACCAUGAAGGAUCAGGCCCCUGAUCUGGAUGCCUCUCUCUGCUAGUGCCCGACAGCUGAUGCUAGAGAGGCAGAACACCCCUUCCCCAUGUCCAGGGGUCCACCCUGUGAGGGUAUUGAUGGAGGGGCACCCCUCCCCCAAGCAUCCUCGCAGCUCUGCCUCAAUACACCGCUUGAUACCAGGAACAGGGGCUUGGGGGCAGCCAGGAACGGAGUGGUGAUGCUGGGUCACCUCUCAGAGGAAGGAAGCUGGAGAGGGAAACCCACAGGGCAGGGCGGGGGCCCAGCAUGCUGAACAGAGAGCCUGUACCCUAAAGGGGUCCCUGGCAGUGGACAGGAGCCCCCAGGAGGGUUAAGGGAGAGCAGAGAGGGGGCAGGAGGAGCUCUGGUUCCACGGGGUGGGGGUGGGGGAAGUGUGUGUCUGUGUGUCUAUGUCUGUGAGUGCGCAGAGGGAGGUGUCCCAGUUAACCGCUGUGUCUGGGGAGCCUCCAGGCUAGGUCAGAGGUGGCUGCUCUGCUCCCACCAGGCUAGGGCCAGACAGCUCCAAGCAGAGCCUGGCCACUCCUGCCCCACUCUGUGGGCUUGCAGGCCCCAUGAAUGUUAUUCUGCCCUGCACGGGAUGUGCAUUCUGUUCUCCAUUUCAGCCAGAGCCGCCAGGCCCGCAGAGCACACGGGCUGCAGCUCUCUCUGGUAGGCUGUGCUCUGACGCAUAGACAUAGGCGAAAAUAAACAUGUUUUAAGGUUCUGCA